AUGAUGAUGAUGAUGAAUAAUAAGAAAAAGAAUAUAUCGAUUAUUACAGCUGUAUCAACAAAUUAUGUGAUUGGAAAAGAUGGUUUGCUACCUUGGUCUCUGCCUAAAGAUUGGGAGCAUUUCAAUAGAUCUACUACAAACUAUCCUAUUAUCAUGGGAAAGAGAACAUUCUAUGAGCAAGAGGAUCGUCCUCUGCCAGACAGAUACACAAUCGUUGUUACAAGAGAUAGUUCACUGCUUGACAAACAUGGCAAUGUAAUGGAGGAGCGAAUUGGACAUCUGAGUCGUGCCUCUUCAAUCGAAGAUGCACUAAAGAUGCUCGAUGACUAUAGCGGUGACCAGGUGUUCAUCGUUGGUGGCAGACGUAUCUACGAAGAUUCACUAUACUUGGCAACAGAGUUGAUCAUCACGCACGUCGAAGCACAUGUCGAAGGUGACACUCAUCUCCGACUAUUCCCUCACCAAGACGAACCCAACAAAGACAGAAACAAUCACUACUGGGAUGUAGUAAACCAAGUUAAACACAGUAAAGAUGAUACUCAUCAAUAUGAUUUCACAAUUAAAUAUUAUCAAAGAUCUACCAAUAACUAA